UUUCUUUCCGAUAAAUAACCACUUAAAAUCCAAAAUCCUUACACAAAUCUUUCAUUCAAAUAGUGAAAGUUAAAAGCUAAAUUGCGUACGUACGAUCAUGGCAUCCAGCGUCAGCUGCAACGACCCACAACACGCGACCGAACCAUCACCAAUUAAGCUAAAAGUGGCUCUAGUAGCCGGCAUCACAGGCCAAGAUGGUUCAUACCUAACCGAACUCCUUCUCAACAAAGGCUACGAAGUCCACGGUCUAAUACGCCGUUCAUCAAACUUCAACACGCAACGCAUUAACCACAUUUAUAUCGACCCACACAACCCCAACAAAGCACGUAUGAAGCUACACUAUGCUGAUCUAACCGAUGCAUCUGCUUUACGUCGUUGGAUUGAUACAAUAUCUCCUGAUGAGAUAUAUAACUUGGCUGCCCAGUCACACGUGGCGGUAUCGUUUGAAAUACCUGAUUAUACUGCUGAUGUUGUUGCGACCGGUUCGUUAAGGUUGUUGGAGGCUUUGAGGUCUCAUAUUGAUUCCACUGGUAGGAGUCAUGUUAAGUAUUAUCAAGCGGGUUCGUCUGAAAUGUUUGGAUCGACUCCUCCGCCACAGGCUGAGGAUACUCCAUUUCACCCGAGGUCACCUUAUGCAGCUUCUAAAGUUGCUGCUCAUUGGUACGUGUACAUUCUUUAUACUUGCCUUUUUUUUCACUAA